AACUAGAGAUGACCCCCUCCGACUCCUUUCUUCUGAGGCAUGGGAAGCCUGUCCUGGGAGGAUGAGCCUGAUGUGGGCAGAAUUCAAAUGAGCUGGACAGCACUGUGACCAGUCACAAGCAGCUCCCAGAGCCUCGAGAUGGCACCAAAAACCAAGAAGGGAUUGAAAGGCUCCAUUGAUGAUGUCCUCGGUGACCUCUUGGGGGAUGAGAUGACGCUGCCUGAGGAACCUGUGAAACUAGCUUCCCGUGCCCGAGAUGCAGCCAUAACCCGGGUGCUCCCUUCUUCAAGGGCUAGAACAAAGUCCCUCCUGGAAGACUGUGCCUUCAGCACCACAGCAGGCCUGACAGGACCUGACGCUGAGAUGUCAGACAUCUCAGACGCAGACCCGCAGGCUCUCCUCGAGAACUUGAAGGAUCUGGACGACAUAGACGCCGACUUCUUGGGUCUGAAGAAGCCCAAUCUCGCCUCUGGCAAAAGAGCCACAAAGGGCUCUGAGAAAGAAGAGUUACCUAGUCAUCCUAAGUCGGCCGGCAUAUUCACAGCCAGUGAGAAAGAGGACACCAUUCCCGCCAAGAAGCCCCCUCCCUCUCCCAGCAGCUUUGGGCAUCAGUACAGGAAGUUUUCCUUCGAAGACUCGGAAGACCCAUUGGCGGGACUUCUCUCCGAUGAUGAGGAAGGAACCACCAAGAAGCCACCCAGGACAGAGAGUAAAAUGGCUUCCGAAAAGGGCCCAGCCCCAGUCAGAGAUCAAGGUCCCUCUAUUCCUCUAACUCCUGGGGACACCCCGGUCCGAAAGAAAGAAGAAGUGCUGUUUGAUGAGGAGGACGACAUCAUGGCCACCCUGGGCUUUGCAGACAGCCCCACGGCAGGAAGGAGGCAGGCGGGAGACCAGGAAGGGCCCCGUCCUGCUCGCUCCAGACUGGAUGAGCUGCUGGGUCGGGGCACUGCCCCCAAACUCCUGGCCCGCCCGGGCACUGGGGAGCACAGGGAGCGCCAGCUGGACAAGAAGUUCCAGAGACCACAGGACAAAGAAGAUCCCUGGGGCGAUGAGGACUUCACCUUUGGGGCCUAUCAGCCCACUGUGGGCUCCAGCGAGGGCCGGCAGUCGCGCCAGCAGUCAGUCAGUAGGUUCUCAGCAGAAGGUGGUGCGGACCCCAAGGGAGAACCAGCCUCCAAAAGGAGCGCCCCAGUGGCCCCCAGCCCCACCCACCCCAGGAAGGGAGGAGCCGACUGGCUGGGCCUGAAGGACGAGGAUCUGCUCCCUCCCUCUCCCUCCAGAGAGGCGCAGAGGGGAGGCUCGGAGGCGCUCCCCACUCCUUCCACGCCCCCUCCCGGGAGCCAGCACUCUGCUCCAGCUGGACUGCCUGCCUCCUCUCCAGGGGCCAAGCCAGCACCCAAGGGUGCAGGUUUCCCUGCCAGAGCCAGCCAGCCUUCAAAGUUGGGGGCAUCAGAGGAGAAAGAGGAAGAGGAUUGGCUGAGCCAGGCCUUGUCUCGGAAGCAGUCCCGACGUGUGGCCAGAGAGGAGCGCGCUGAGGCCUCAGAAGGCCUGCACGUGGUGGGGGCGGCGGGCAGCCCCCCUGCCGGCAGCCAGCCUGUUGCCAGCACUCAAGGGGUCGGGCAAGCAGCUGUUGGAGGGCCCUCAGGAACAGCGGCACACAAGCCACCGGCAGGACCCGCCACCUCGGGGUCCUCCGUGACUUGGAACCAGGCCGCCUUGGCCCUCCAUGGCGGUGACCCACAGAGGGGAGCAGCCCGUGGAGACCUCUCCACCAUUGAGCCUGCAGCUUGCUUCCUGAGCUUCCAGGAACCCACGGGGCCUUCUGUGCCUGUCCAGUCCCUGCUGCCAGAGUCUCUGGCGCGCAGCCUGGCUCUGGGCACAGAAUACCAGAGGCAGCUCCUGGCCGCACAGGUGCAGCUGCAGGGUGGCACUGCUGAGCUCCAGGCUGCCCUCCUGCAAAGUCAGGCCCGGAUGGCGGAGCUGGAGGCCCAGGUGCGGAAGCUGGAGCUGGAGCGGACCCAGCAGCAGCUGCUCCUGGAGAGCUUGCAGCAGCGGCACCAGGCCGACCUGGAGCUCCUCGAGAGCGCGCACAGAAGCCGUGUAAAGAUGCUGGAAGCCUCGUACCAGCAGCGGGAAGAGCGGCUGCGGAGGGAGCACGAGGAGCUGUCAGCCCGGUGCCUGUCGCAGUGCCAGGAGGCCGAGCAGGCCCGGGCCGAACUCACGGCCCAGCACCAGCGGCGCUUGGCGGCUGCCGCGCAAGAGAAGGACCAGGAGAUGGAGCGACUCCGGGAGCUGCAGCGGGUCUCCAUCCUGGAGAUGCGCAAGGACCACGAGGAGCAGCUGCAGCGGCUGAAGCAGCUGAAGGACCGGGAGAUUGACGCCGUCACCAGCGCCACCUCCCACACGCGGUCCCUGAAUGGCGUCAUCGAGCAGAUGGAGAAGUUCUCCAGCAGCCUGCACGAGCUGUCCUCCCGCGUGGAGGCCUCGCACCUCAGCAGCGCCCAGGAGCGGGAGCUGGGGCUCCGGCAGCGCGACGAGCAGCUCCGAGUGCUGCAGGAGAGGCUGGGCCGCCAGCAGCAGGACAUGGAGGAGGAGCGGAGCCGGCUCCAGGAGGUCAUCGGGAAGAUGGAGGCGCGUCUGAACGAGCAGAGCCGGCUGCUGGAGCAGGAGCGAUGGCGGGUGACCGCCGAGCAGUCCAAGGCUGAGUCUGCGCAGCGCGCUCUGGAGGAGCAGAGGAAGGUCAUGGUCCAGCAGAUCGCCAUGGAGCGGGAGGAGCUGGAGAAGGCCAAGAGCGCCUUGCUGGAGGAGCAGAAGUCCGUCAUGCUCAAGUGUGGGGAGGAGCGGCGGCGCCUAGCGGCCGAGUGGGCCGACUUCUCGGCACAGCAGAAGCUGAGUAAGGAGCGGGCUGAGCGUGAGGCAGAGAGGGCGCUGCAGGUGGACACCCAGCGGGAGGGCACCCUCGUCAGCCUGGUCAAGGAACAAGCCGAGCUAAAGAUCAGAGCCAGUGAGCUCCGAGCCAAGGAGGAGCAGCUGGCGGCCGAGCGGGAGGCCCUGGAGCGGGAGCGGCAGGAGCUGCGGCGGGAGAAGGAGAGGGUCAGCGCCGCUGCCCUGCGCACCCGGCUCCGCGCGGAGGAGGUGGAGAGCAUGAGCCAGGUAGCCUCGGAGAAGUUCGAGGAGGGGCAGCGGGCGCUGCGCGAGGCCCGGCAGGUGCAGCAGGAGCAGCAGGCCCGGCUGCAGCUGGUGCAGCGGCAGCAGGAGCAGCUGCGGCAGCAGGAGCAGCACAUGCACCAGGAGCAUCUGAGUCUGGCCCAGCAGAGGCUGCGGCUGGACCGCAUCCGUCAGGACCUGCCCUCUGGCCCCGUGGCGCUGCUCCCCGGGACCCAGGGCCCCGCAGCGUCCUGCCUGAGCGCCACUGUGGCUCCUGUCCCCACCACCCACGGGUGCAGCCGGCCACUCACCGGCCUGGGCCCCUCGCACCUUCACGCCAGGCUGGUGCUGAUGAAACACACAGCUGAGCAGGACCGUGACUUCUUGGAGAAUGAGCAGUUCUUCCUGGAGACCCUGAAGAAAGCCGCCUACAAUAUGACAUCCCACUCAUCCUGAAGGCCCCUGGAAGUCUCUCCCACCACCCACCGGCUGCCAGCCCCGAGGAGGGGGUGCCCGGGCCUGAUUACAGCUCUUCCCGGGGACAGGGUGUAAGUGCAUUCUCUCUGGGCAUGCCAGCCGAUGCCUGGAGCGUCUAGGGCUCGAGGGGCAACGGCCUCUGGGAGGUGUGGGGCCGACAGCGGCCCUGCGACACAGCCAGCCACGGGGUCUCCACCCCUGACUUCUGGCUCAGAUCCGAGGACCUCUCCCCUCCUCACCGGGCAGGAUGCCUUCACCUGGGCCUCUUCUGAGCCAGAGGGUCUUCGCGAGAGAUGCCACGAGCAGCCUCCUGCCCUCUCAGAGGCCCGUGGAGACGGCACGGGCUCUCCUCCCGAACUGGGAUGUAGGGUCAGAGCCCAUGUUUUGAAGGGCCUUCUAUCCUCCUGGCAAGGAGGCGGGCGGUGCUGUGGGGGGCAGACAGGGGGCAGGGAGGGCACUUUGCCCAGCCAGGCCUUACCUUGCAGUACAACAGGCUCUCAGCCUCAGCCUCGUUCCCAGCGGCCCGAGGAGCUGGCUGGCCCUGUGAGGACACCAGCCUGUCAGCUUCUAAUAGGGCUUUCCAGAGGCAGAACCCGGGUGACGGUGGGGUGGGGCGUGGGGAGGGAACAGUAGAGAGGCUUCUCUGUCCUGUUCACCUGCUAUGGAGCCCUAGCAGAUGGGAAAGAAGACAAGGGAGCGAGGGCCUCUACCCUGGGAGGGGAGAGAGAACUGGGGAACUGUGUGGGGCUGGACCGGACCCAAGCUGCCGCCCCGGGGAGGGUGCCUUUGCACAUCUCCCUGCAGGGGCGUCAGGAGAGGGGCAGAGGCUUGAUAGCUGUCCCAGCAAACCCGAGGAUGGAUGGACUCACUGACAUGACCGCAGUUAUCCUGAAGUGGCUUCCUGAAGUGACUGGUUACCUUCCAUUAGAGGACAAAGGGCUGAGGGGGUAACGAGCAGGUACAGUUUCUCUCUCUGCUCCUUCAGGACAGCUUUGAGAAGAAUCUUCUCAUGUCCCAGCAAUUUACAGCCUUCAUCUUGGACCCAUUAAAUUGCUAUAUUCUUUUUAAAAA